AUGGGAAAAAAUUAUGGACCAACAAAACCAAAAUUUUUAACAAAUUUACAAAAUAAAAAAGAAUUAAAUAACCAAAAACAACAAUUAAUACCUAAUUUAUGUGAUUUACAAUUAAAAAAUCCCUGUCAAAAUAAUGGGACAUGUUUAUGGAAUGAAAAUACUGAAAAAUAUUUUUGUAAAUGUACAGAAGAAUAUUUUGGUGAAAAUUGUUCUAAACAGAUUGGGCCUUGUGAUCAAAAUCCUUGUAAAAAUGGGGGGAUUUGUAGAACAACACGUUCCUCUGCACUAUUCUUUUGUGCUUGUAGUUCUUCAUGGGGUGGCAAAACAUGUUUAAUUGCUUUACCUCCAAUCGAGGAUGAUGACGAAUAUUGGGAAGCAACAGCUUUAGAUGCCAACUUUACCCAACAACUUUCUAGUGGAAAAAUUGAAUGGAUAGAACAAUUAAAGAAAAUAGACCCCUCAACACUAAACGGAACUGAAGAAAUUCCUAAUACAAAUUUAUUCGAGCAGGCAAUAGGGGAGGAAUUGCCAAUAAGAGCACUAAAAAAUUCAACGAGUAAAAAUGGGGGAAUUUCUAUUAAAUUUAUUAGUAAGGAAAAAAUAAAAAUAUUUGUAGGGUUAUUAAUUUUGUAUUAUUUCAAUUAUUUUUAA